UGGCCGCCCACACUCCUCUACUCCUUGCUCCCAGCCACAGCGCGCACACCCUGGGCUCCCUGCCAGACAGGGGAACCCGAAAGCUCUCCCAUGGAUACCCCAUUUCGAGGGUGGAACCGACCACUAACAGUCCCAGGCCGCCCAGAUCAUCUGGCCGCCUCCUGCAAAGCGCCCAUCCCCGCUGAUAUGGAGGAGCCGGUAAGGUCACGCAACCCCUUGAGCGGCCGCGUCCCGCACCAGCACCCACUACCAGCCACCAGACGCCGGCGGAUGGAUCCCCCACGCCCGCUCCAACGUCAGACAGCAUCUUUGUGUAUGGCAUUUCUUCAGCUGUAACAUGGACGAGAUUCUAAAGUCAGAGAUUUUGACCGUUGUGUUGGAGAAGAGAGGAAGUGUAUCUUUUGAAGAAUUUGCUGGCCUGUUUCGUCAGAUCCAUGGAUAUGAGUUUAAGCUGUCAAACUAUGGUUACAAUUCACUAAGAAGUUUAUUGGAAGACAUGAAAGACUUAGUUACGCUAUACACGAUAAAAGGGCAACCGUUCAUAAAAAAACGAUCACCUGCCGAGUAUCAUGUUGUGUUCUUCAACAGAAACGAUCCAUCUCAAAAAAGUCUUAAUAUUCCACAGUUAUGCAGUGUAUCUUUACCUACCUCCGGACCUUCAGCAGGAGUCGCCAGCACAAGUUACCAUGCACAGCCUAACUCUUCCCAAGUGGACUGCACAAAGGUCAACAGUCUGGUCAUGUCAAGCCCCAAAUUUGAAACAAGCCCUGGCCCUGCAUCGAUCGGAUCUGAAUGGCAAACAUUAACUAAACCUGCAAAAGGCGUUGGUUGUUCUUCGAUCUCUGGGCCUUCAAACUGCUUUGCACCAGUAACAAAACCUAAAUCUGCAACGAGAAUUGACUGUGCUUCAAGUUCUGCUUCUUCAACCAACUCUGGUCCAUCAACAAAACCUAAAUCUUCAAGAAAUACUGUAGCUUCAAACAAAUUAAAAGCCGGAAGUCCAGCAUCAAGCUCCAUUCCUGCAAAAACACAGCUUAAAUCAGUUAGAAGCAGUUUCACUGACGCUAAUGUUAAAUCUGCAAAAUCUAAAAACAAAUCUACAACAUCAGCUAUUAAAAAUAAAACAAAUAAUAAUACGUCUAUGAAAAAUGCUAAUUCUGCAAGUCGCAAGCCAAAUGCCAGUUCAAUUAACCCAAGAGCAGCACUAGGCAAAAUGUGCCCUACAAAACCUUUACCAAAUCAGAAAAUAACUCUUCUGCCCACGCCACAGAUUCCACUAAAAAACUGUUUUUCUGAUGUGAUAAACCAAAAACAGAAGCUGCAGGAAGGAAUACGCCCAAACCUGUCCUACGCGGGAGCCUGCAGAAGUAAUAUGGAUCAAUGCAAUCAAAACAGACAACAUUUUAUUAACAACAAUGUAAGCUUUAAUAUACAUCCCCCCGGUGUAAUACAGUCUAGAGCACAGCCUAGAUCACAACUCGGUGUUAUGGCAAACUCCAUCGUCAGAGAAAACAUUGGAGCUCUGUUGAAGCAGCAUGCGAAUGGAAUGUCCAUUUUCCAAUUACAAAAAGUCUACCUUUUUAAAUUCCGGCAACCUCUUGCUCCCAAAGGUUUGCCUUCAAUAAAACAACUCCUGCUGGGAAUGAACGAUGUGGUAAAAAUGCAAGGUGUAGGAGUCCAAAUGUAUGUGUAUCCAGUACCUGCAGAGGAUAUUCCAUCGAACACAGCAGACAGACAUCUUGAAGAUUCUGUGUAUGCUAAAGAACACAAGACAAAGGGUGCAGUGUUAACUGCUCCACGUGUUUCAAGUUCUUUGAAUAAAAAGGACAGUACCCAGCACCAGACUGUAUCGCUGCCUCUUUGUAAUGACCAAUCUACCUCAUCUGGACAGAAUCAAAUGAAGCUCACAGGAGGACAGGUCAUAAACUACUUAGGACAGACAUGUCACAAGCAGCAGAUCUUACAAGACAAACAAACUCUGGAGGAAGGCAAAACCAAGUUCGCACUGACAGGCUUUUCUACCAUGACCAGCAUACCUUCUACAGUGCAAUAUAAAGGCACCAAAAUGGUUGAACCACCAAAUCGCCUUGGAAUUGCCAAAGAGCUGGAUGAGGCAGAAUGGCCUGUCCUUACUUCAAAACUUCAUGCUAUGAAAGACAUCAAGCAAUUUGCUGUUGCUUCUGUUCAACCACAUAACAUUGAAAGCAAAGCCCACAUUGCCUCUAAACCCAAUCAAAGCCAACUCUCACAGGAUCAAUCAUGCAACACAAAUUUGGCUGAAAUGCCAAGAGAAAAAAUAUUUGCUGUAACACCAACGGAAACUUUGUUGCAUUCCAGAAUUAAGAAGGCAGGGGACCUCAUGGGUCCUCCUUUCUCUCAUACCCACCAGCACAUGAAGCAUAGUCAAACAGAGCAGGACGUGCAUAGAACAAUUACCAAAUAUGGACCCGAACACAAUGCAUCUCAGUCUUCAGAUCCAGCUCAAUUAAUUCUACAUUUAUCGGGCUUCUCAAUUGUAACAGGAAAGAAUAACGUGCCUAAUGUCAAAGAAGCCUCUGAAAUUAAAGUGACCUAUCCUACUGUAGACCGCUCAAGUUCUCCUAAAGACUCAUCAGAAAUAGAAUCAGGUAUUGACAACAGAAUGCUUGUUGGAUCAAUACUUUCUGCACAUACACACAAAGUGGUAUCUGACACCCAUUCAGAAAUGUUACAUGAAACAAUGAGUCAAAUGUCUGUUUCACAUGCAAACAAGAUAACCCAAAAUACAGAACAUUCAUUGUCUCAACCACACCAGACUGUUCACGACUCACAUUAUGUUGCAGUGUCUGAUAAAACUGAAUCUCUGCUUACAAAAUCAUACCAUAAGUUAGAUGACUCCCAGGGUAGAAGUAGACAAGAGCAAGUGGAAUAUCCAUUUUCACAACCACAGAAAAACAUGACUAAUACUGUGCUAAGGAAUUUUGCAUCACCAGAACCCGAGACCCAACUGAAAAGGAUAAAUUCCCUCUUUGAACAUGCACUUCUACAAACAGGGUCUUCAUCAUUACACCCACAUGAUAAAGUGCAUUACCUACAGACUACAGGUGUCUUUGGAAAAACAGGAUCUCCAUCUUCUAGUAUAGAACACAAAGUACCUAAUGAUCAGGCCAUCAAUAUAUUUGGACAAAAAGUUUCACCUCAACUGCAACAGAAAGUGGUAAAUUAUUUGGUGGCAAAUGAGUCCAAACAAGCCGGAGCCAUGCACUCGCACAGUAUACUGGAUCAUUUGCCAAUGGAAAAUGUCCUUGGUCAAACUGGGACUUCAUUUUUUAAUUCCCAAGAAGCAGUAUCGUCUUCCCAGACCAUGACUAACUUUCAGCAAACUGUGGCUGUAGCUUCACAGUCAGAACAGAAAGUGAACAACUCUAAGAUUACAAAUGAGCACAGACAAACAGAAUCUGUCAACUCACAAUCACAAGAUCAUGUGCUUGGUCUACAAACUAAAAAUGUCAGUGGGAUAAUUGGAACUCAGUCUUCAGAUACACCAAACAGCAAUGUUUUGGGGCAAGUAACAGCUCCAGCUUCACAUAUACACGAGAAAACACCUGACUGGGUGACUGAAAAUGCUCAUAUGCAAAACACAUCUUUGGCAUUACAGUCAAGUGAAAUUGUGCUGGAUAUCCAAAAUAAAAACACAAUUGGAAUAACAUCUUCACUAUUUCAACAGAAACAAUUUCCAUCUUCUAGUAUAGAACACAAAGUACCUAAUGAUCAGGCCUUCGAUAUAUUUGGACAAAUAGUUUCACCUCAACUGCAACAGAAAGUGGCAAAUUAUGUGGUGGCAAAUGAGUCCAAACAAGCAGGAGCCAUGCACUCGCACAGUAUACUGGAUCAUUUGCCAAUAGAAAAUGACCUUGGUCAAACUGGGACUUUAUUUUUUAAUUCCCAAGAAGCAGUAUUGUCUUCCCAGACCAUGACUGACUUCCAGCAAACUGUGGCUGUAGCUUCACAGGCAGAACAACAAGUGAACAACUCUAAGAUUACAAAUGAGCACAGACAAACAGAAUCUGUAGAAUCACAAACACAGGAGCAUGUGUAUGGUCUACAUACUAAAAAUGUCAGUGGGAAAAUUGGAACUCAGUCUUCAGAUACACCAAACAGCAAUGUUUUGGGGCAAGUAACAGCUCCAGCUUCACAUAUACACGAGAAAACACCUGACUGGGUGACCGAAAAUGCUCAUAUGCAAAACACAUCUUUGGCAAUACAGUCAAGUAAGAUUGUGCUGGAUUUCCAAAAUAAAACCACAAUUGGAAUAACAUCUUCACUAUUUUCACAGAAAAAAUCUCCAUCUUCACAACAGAGAAGUGAAAUUCAACACAUCUGCAACUCUGAACAAGCCAAGUUAAUGUCUUCACAAUUACAUCAGAAAGCACCUCAAUCCUGUAUCAGCACAGCUGCACAAAAUGGAUCUCCUCCCAUGACACAACCGAUCCGUAAAUGGUCUGUUCCUAAACGUUGCGAUGAUCUUGUGUCUCCACCUGUACAGACUGGUCUGCAAAACAGUUCUGAAAAUGGUUCUGGACAUAAAGAUACUGGAACCUGGCAAACAGACAAGAAGCAAUACUGUUGUAUUUUAUGAUCUGACUUCUUCAAUGCUUGGCGUAAAACCCCCCCAAAAACAACAGAUUAUGGAUCUGAACAAAUUAAUGUAGACUUGAACUAGAACACUAUAUUUUCCAAAUGUCACAACGUUAAACAAACGUAUAAGAAAUAGAAGAAAUAUGUUAUUUAUUUAUUAAUUCAUAUUAAUUUAACAGUGGCAGAGGUGGCAUAGUAUAUACCAUCUUUAUUUUGCCAGGGGUGUAAACAUGGCAUAGGAGAGAUAAAUAUGUGCUUAAUUUAAUUAGAGAGCAUUUUCAGAUGUGAUAAUUUUGAGGCAUAUUUAUAUUGUAAUGUAAAAAAAGUUGCAUACCACAGACCACUACAUAAAUAAAAGCACUUUUUUUUUUAA